AUGCAAUGUGCUGUUUGUAGUGCACAAGUUAUCGAAAGUCAUUUUGGAGCAAUGGUUUGUCGUUCGUGCUCUGCAUUCUUUAGGAGAUAUGUGUUAACAAAAAAGAAACGAAUAGCCUGUAAAGCAGAGAAGACAUGUUCCAUAAACCACAGUAUGUUAAUAAAUUUUAUUUUGAUUUAAUCCUUUAUUUUUCUAGAUAUAAGAAAAAUGUGCCGUUUUUGUCGAAUGGCGAAAUGUCUCCAAGUUGGAAUGAUUCCAACAAGAAUAAAUGAACCAAUAAUUUCAAAAAAUACUGAUAAAAUAUUGGAAAUGUUGAGUAAUUAUUCACGUUUACAAGAAGAACGAUUGAUUGCUUAUGGAAUGUCGGUUAGUUUUUCUGAACUUGUAUUGCACAGCGUUCUCAAACCAUCGAGAAAAAAUCUUCAUAACGUAAAUUUUUUUAAGGAUGAGAAAGUAAACUUUUCGACUGCAACUACAAUAAUGGAGGCUAAUUAUGGGAUAUCAAGAAAACACAUUGAAAGACUCUCGAAGGAAUUCACGAAACUUUCAAAAAAGAAUCAAAAUGCGUUAUUUGAUCAUUAUUAUACUGGUUGCAUUGUUGCUGAAAAUCUAUAUUGUGCUGCGACAUCUGAGAAAUCAGAAAAAUUCCGUGUUCACACUGGGCGAGAAACAUUACCAAUUGAACAGUAUUUCCUGGGAGAAAACAAAAAUACAUAUCUCACUGAUAUUCAAAUAAAUGAAAUGUUCAAACCGUUUUGGAUUAACGGAAUGAAUCAAGUUGUUAAGCCAUUGCUUGAAUUGAAAUUAAAUACUUUUGAAAUUACUGCAUUAUUUGGUUUGAUGUUAUUCGAUGGAAGUUCAAAAGGAAUCGAUGAUGAUUGUGUUGAAAUAUGUUAUAAAAUAAGAAACAUCAUAUUUCGAGAGAUCACUGCCUAUCAUAGAGAAACUGAACAUUCUCGAUCAUUCGAUCGAAUGGCUGAUAUUAUGUAUGCACUAACGUUGGUUGAAAAAGGAAGACAUCUUUUCGGUGAACAUUUGAUAUUGAGCUGUUUACAUAAAUUAGAUCACAAUGAACAAAUCUGUCAGAUUUUUAGAGAGACUUCACUAUGAUCAAAUAAUUGUAUUUUCAUUUGUUACGAGUAUUCUAAUCAUGUGUGCAUAAUGAAAUUUUUUGAAAAUUAUACAUGUAUUAUUCAUUUCGAAGACUUGACAAGUCUUUUGAAAAGUGCGAAUCUUUGUGGUUUGUGAUAGAUUGGUCUAAUUCAAUCAUCACUUAUCUAAUGAUUGAUGUGGUCGACAAAACAACAGAAUGUACUAGUUUCGAGGAAAAUCAUUUUUUGUGCUUACAAUUAGAUUUCGAAAAAAAGAAUCAAUGAAAGAAAGUUCAUAAAAAUUGUUCAAACUUUGAAAAUAACCACCAAUUAUUGUUUUUCUUCAAUAUUUUUAAAAUAACGUUUCUCUGUUCUUUUGACCGUACUCAUUUGUUUUUUAUCAAGAUCUCUACAGAAAAAUUGUACGACAAAAAUUAUAUCUUUUCUUUCAAUCUUUUUCUUCUCGCUAGCAAAUUCCACGUGUUAUUAAAUAAUCGAAUAAAAUCUAUUUUUUUAAUUGUUCGAGCAACUUCGAGAGCACAACAUAUUCAUUAUUCAGAUGUUAAGUUUGUGGUGUUUGAUUUAUCGAAAGUCAUUUCGGAACAAUGGUUAUUCAUUCGUGUUCCAGAAAUUUCACAAUAGCUAAUCAUUCAUCUUUUCAUCGUUUGUGACGGAUAUUAAAAUUGGGUUAUAUAAAGAUUGCUACAUAUGACUUUGUUUUUGAAUAGAAACGGAGAAAAAACGUCAAAAUAUGAAAUUUUGAAAUUCGAUUACAGCUAAAUGUUGCCCUUUUAUGAAGUUUUGUCUAUUUUCCAAUGAAAAUCAUUGAAGCAGGUUAUUUUAUUUCCACCUGUCUAGGUUUUUGCAAAAUAGAACAUCAGACUUAUUGAAAGUUCAUUAGAUUUAUAUUAUCUAUUUUCUGAUGAGAAUCUCACGUCACCUUGUUAAUUUCAAUUUUCAUCAAGGUUUUUUCCAUCUAUUCUUUCUCCUUUCUUUUUUAAAAGCGAUUUGUUGAAUUCAUUUUUUAAAAACAUCGAAUUAAUAUUUCAGAUGAUGAGAUGUGCUGUUUGUAAUGCUAAAGUUAUUGAAAGUCAUUUUGGAGCCAUGGUUUGUCGUGCCUGCGCAGCCUUUUUCCGAAGAUAUGUUAUUGCAAAAAGUAGUCUAAUAACUUGUUCAAAUGAAAAGAAAUGUGUUAUUAAUAUAAGUAAGUUUCUUUUUCAUUUUUUAUACUAUUUGAACUUUUUUGUAGAUGUCAAAAAAAUGUGUAGAUUUUGUCGAAUGGCAAAAUGCUUGAAAGUUGGAAUGGCUGCAACAAGAAUUGAGGAUCAGAUAAUAUUGAAAAGCACUGAUAAAAUAUUGGCAUUUAUGAAAAACUAUCCACGUCUACAAGAAGAUCGAAUGAUUGUUCAUGGCCAUUUGGUUUGUUUUUUUUCAAAAUUCCGAGGUUAUGAAAAAAAGUUGUUUUUUAGGAAGAGAAAAUUAAUUUUUCCACUGCAACAACAAUAAUGGAAGCUGAUUAUCGAAUAUCAAGAAAUCUUAUCGAAAGAUCAUUCAAAGAAUUUGGGAUUAUAAGGAAAAAUAGUAGAAAUGCGAUAUUUGAUCAUUUUUAUACUCGUUUUAUAGUAGCGGAAAGUGCUUUCAAUGUUGUUAACUCCAAUAACACGGAAAACUUCCGUGUAAAAACUGGACAUGAAACAUUGCCAAUUGAUAAAUUCUUUCUUGGAGAAAACAAAAAAACAAAACUCACAGAUGAUCAAAUCAAUAUUAUUUUUGAACCAUUUUGGAGAAAAAGCAUGACUCAAAUUAUCAAACCAUUUAUUGAAUUGAAACUUGAUGAAUUCGAAUUCACCGCAAUGCUCGCAAUAAUGUUGUUUGAUGGAAGCUACAGUAGAAUUGAUGAUAAUUGUUCAAAAAUGUGUUAUCGAGUUAGAAAUAUCAUUUUUCGAGAAAUCAGUUCAUAUCACAAAGAAAUAGAUCAUCCAAGAUCAUUUGAUCGAAUGGCUGAUAUUAUGUAUGCAAUAACAUUGAUGGAAAAAUCCAGACAAAUUGUAUCUGAUCAAUUAACAUUAUCUUGUUUGUUCAAUUUAGAUCACAACGAACAGAUCUGCCAAAUUUUCAAAGAAACAUCGCAAUAG